AGUACACCACCGUACACAUGGCAUCUGAGGGAAGAGAGAGAGGGGGGAAGAGAUGUGCACGUGCAAGCCAGAAGAAGAGAAGGCAAGGCAAGGCAAGAAAAGAGAAGGCAAGAGAAGAGAAGGCAAGGCAAGGCAAGGCAAAGCAAGAGAAGAGAAGGCAAGGCAAGGCAAGAGAAGGCAAGGCAAGGGAAGGCAAGGCAAGAGAAUGCAAGGCAAGAGAAGAGAACAGAAGGCAAGGCAAGGCACGGCAAGAGGAGAAGAGAAGAGAAGGAAAGGAAAGGCAAGGCAAGGGAAGAGAAGGCAAGGCAAGAGAAGAGAAGAGAAGGCAAGGGAAGAGAAGGCAAGGCAAGGGAAGAGAAGGCAAGGCAAGGGAAGAGAAGGCGAGGCGAGGCAAGAGAAGAGAAGGCAAGGCAAGAGAACACAAGGCAAGAGAAUGCAAGGCAAGGCAAGAGAAGAGAAGAGAAGGCAAGGCAAGAGAAGAGAAGGCAAGGCGAGGCAAGAGAAGAGAAGAGAAGGAAAGGCAAGGCAAGGCAAGAGAAGAGAACAGAAGGCAAGGCAAGAGAAGGCAAGGCAAGAGAAGAGAAGAGAAGGCAAGGCAAGGCAAGAGAAGAGAAGAGAAGAGAAGGAAAGGCAAGGCAAGAGAAGAGAACAGAAGGCAAGGCAAGAGAAGAGAAGAGAAGGCAAGGCAAGGCAAGAGAAGAGAAGGCAAGGGAAGAGAAGGCAAGGCGAGGCAAGGGAAGAGAAGGCAAGGCGAGGCAAGGGAAGAGAAGGCAAGGCGAGGCAAGGGAAGAGAAGGCAAGGCGAGGCAAGGGAAGAGAAGGCAAGGCGACGCAAGGGAAGAGAAGGCAAGGUGAGGCAAGAGAAGAGAAGAGAAGAGAAGGCGAGGCAAGAGAAGAUAAGAGAAGAGAAGGCAAGGCAAGAGAAGAUAAGAGAAGAGAAGGCAAGGCGAGGCAAGGGAAGAGAAGGCAAGGCGAGGCAAGGGAAGAGAAGGCAAGGCGAGGCAAGGGAAGAGAAGGCAAGG